CAACUACAGUCUGUGUGUUCUGUCCAUCUAUUCUUGCCACUGGUCGUGCAUUCUUAGCCUUCCUUUUUUUUAACAAUCUGUUUAUUCAAAAAGGUCCCUAAGCGUCUGUAGUUGGUCAAUGACCAUUCAUUUCACUCAUGCUCCACUUGAAUUCGGCGAUUCAAUGUGCAUUGGUGCUCUAGAGUUCAAGAAUAACUUAAAAAAGCUUAUUCAAACAUCCAUUGUAGCACACAGAAAUGCAAUCCCGUCCUCGCCACAUACUCGAUUUACCGGAUGAAAUUCUACAUCUAAUCUUGGCCUAUUGUUGUGAGGAUCUAGACUUCCUGCUCUAUCCUUACGCGCUAGCCACAAAAGAGAACCAUCUCUGUCCCAAUGGGUGCUACUGCGCACCACAUCACGAAUUUAAUGGUCAAUUUAGCGGGGCAACCACAAAACCGCAACUACUUAGUAACAGCAAUCGUGAAGGGAGGCCAACCAAAGUAAGGAGGAUACAUAUACUGAGUGGUAGCAAUUACCGGUACUUCAUUUGCGGAGCCCGACAGGGGACUCUUAGACAAGCUAUUACCGAUGACAGCCUGAUCCGGACGUCAGGCGAAAGCAAUGGCAUACCAAGAGACCUCAAAAACAGUAUAGCCUAUCAUACUGCCCUUCGGAAACGACCACAGCGAUUUUCAAAGCUUGCUUUUCGUUCACAACGAUUGUUGGAUCCAUCGAUUUCACACAUACUUUCCUCUGGGUCGACAAACCCCAGUAUUUCCUUUGUUCCACAGCUAUCGUGCCAAACUCGGCAAACCUGUGUCCUCACAACGAAAUCAGAGCGUACUGAGCCAACUGAGUUGCCUCAAGGUUUAAUAGCUUAUGUCUCUAAAACAACACCAUUGCCUGAUGCACUCUCACUGUGUCGACCAAGCCUAGGUAACGACACUGCCGGAAAAGAGUAUAACGCCCAAAAUGUCCACUCAUCAUUGGCUUCACAUUCAACACGACAUCUUCAGCCCAGGAACAGAAACAGGAGGUCGAUUCUCGAUGCUGCUGGAAGUAGCCCCUAUUCUCGAGCUCUCCACUCGUCCCUCUCUUUGCAAACUCUUCCUACAGAGAUAGCAUUGAAGAAGAAGGGAAAUAAGAUAGAGCGCUUAUGCAAAAGAGACGAUGAAAAGGAAGGCCCGGAGGAAGCACAGGAAAAAGUGCACAAGAAUAAUGUAUGCCGACAUUCAAUACCAAACCAACUUAUGCUUGUCAACAAACGCUUUGCAGACCUUGUGGUCCCAAUGCUUUGGAGACGCAUUGUCUUCCAUGGUCAUCAGACUUGCCGAAGCCGCUCCCUCUUCUCUGCACUGCAUCAGGUCGAUGAGAAAGCAGGCCUAGCACUCAAAAAACCCUUCGAAUCAAAUGCAUUUAGCAGGGAUGGGUCUUGCUUAAAACAUCCUAAAAGACAUGUUUUUAAAGCAAGCCUCAACAUCAUGACCAAGAGGUUUAACGCAUAUACUUCUGCAACUAUAAAAGGGAUCAGCGCGGCAGAGCAAUCAUCAGGCUUCAAUCAUGAGUCUUCAUGCAGUCGAAGGCAUGCUAUCGAAGAUCGGCUUACAUCAGUUACGCAUUACCAGAAGCAUGCUGGCGAAGCACGAUGGUCUUAUGGACAGUUUGUAAGGCAUGUGGUACUAAAUUUUGCCCAUCCACAAGCAUCUCCAGAGAUGCUCAUCAAAGCCUUGGAAUGUCUUGGGUCUCGCUGCCAGAACCAAAUCCAAGCUCUUGACCUACAUGCCAAUGAAAAGAUGCAAGUUUUCGGACUCGAAACUCCUACUGAUAUGAGCCGUUUGUUGGGGACUGGAUUCUCCAAGCUUCGUUUUCUGCGAAUGCAAGGAGGCCUCGUCGACAACCAACUCUUUUGUGCUCUUAUCAAUGGACUUGUCGAACCAACAGCUACAUCCUGUCGCCUUUCUCAGGUGUUCUUAGGCCCUGGUUCGAUUACAGAUAGCGCAAUUGAUAAGCUAAUUAUUGCAGCAGCUCAAUGUUUGGAGGUAUUCCAUGUGACGAGUUGCGUCGAUGUUGGUGGUAAAGCCAUUGCAAGCCUCCUCACAAGCUGUCCCAAAUUGCGAGUUUUGAGUGUCCACAGAUCCUUAGCGAGAGAUAAAGAUUUGCUUGAAGGACUGGGAAUCGAAAUCGAGGCCAAUAACUCUCUUUCAGUCGUACCCACGCCCUACAAUUUGAGUAGAGUGGCAACGAAUGAGAUUGUUGCUCCGCUUGAGCGAUUUGAACUUGGUACAACCAAACUAACAACUUCUGGCAUCACAGAGAUAAUCAAAGGGACAUGUUGUUCUCUACGAUUUUUGGUCCUUGAAACGCAGCAUUUUCAGGAUGAUUUCCUGAGGGGUGUCAUUGCCCCUCUUUGCAAGAAGCUUGAAGGCUUGUAUUUCGACGAGUCUGAUCGCUCAUACCAACAACGCAAUCCAUCAGCUCUUAGGCAUGGGCAAAAUCAAGAGCAGAGGACGCGCAGACGACUUUUCGAUUUUGGUCGAUGGAGAGGAGCAAUGGCUAAUCAACUAGAGCAAAUUUCUCUGCAACCUCAGUCAAACCUAGGGCCACACAAUGUUUCGCAGCGGAAUCAUGAGAUGCUCGAGGAACGCACAACGCCAAAGCAAAGUCCAUGGCUUGCAUUGACAUCUACGGAUGCAUGGGUGCUACAUGGAAGAUGUGCGUUAUGGGCUACAAAUAGUAUUAGAUCAAGUGCCACUGUCCAUGGUAUGGGUGCCGCCUAUGGUGGAGACAAUCUUAGGACAAGUAUUUCUGAGAAUUUUCUUCCUGAACAGUCGAGGAUCAGACCAUUCACCGUCUAUUUCCGCGCCAUACGUCGACGUUUCAUUUCAUUACUCUCGACUACUAGUGCCACAACAAGCAUUGACAACGACAAUAAUAUCCAGGGCAGCGUCUCUACAAUGUCACCAUUGAGCAGCAUCCCUUCGGUCUCAUUAGGAUCUGAUAUGAGCACAGAGAGUGGCUACCAAAGAGUACUGAGGCGUUUCGGGGUCCAUACGACAACAAUUGAGGUUAUUCUUCGAUCCCUUCAGCAUUCCCUCAAGGAAUUUUCAGUUAUAGAGGUUGAUUUGAUUGCAGCAAGCGCGGAAAGUUCCUCGGAUGGCAGUAAGAUGAGUGCUGAGAACUCAUUUGUGGCGCCAGACUGGACUCCAUAUUUAGGCUAGUUGUAUUUUUGGAAGUUAUCAAAAUGGGAAGCUUGAGUCUGUAACUGAUUUUUCAACACUCAAUCCGCCAGCUCCAUCAGCUUCUGGCAUUGCGAUUUUUUCUUAGUUUAUUACACUGUCUUUAAUUAUAGACUACAGUGUGUAUUGCUUUGUCCUACUUUGUCCCUAACUUUUUGAGUGCAA